UUUCUGAGUGGUCCUUCAAGAUGGAGAACAUCUUUGACCACUAUGAUCUGCUGGAGGUGAUGGAAGGAACGGAGAAGCGCCCCGAGAACGACCCGGAGAAGAGCCCGUGGGUGCGGAAGAGCGCACAAGGCUAUCUUCUACUUGGGCAAGCGUUGGGGAGCAGCCAAAUCCGUCACAUCAAGCCUUUUCAGCGUGAACCAGCAAAGGGACCAAAGGCAUGGGCUGCUCUCAAGGGUGUACACGCUCCUGCAACAGCGGCGGUGGCUGUGGUUUUGGAGCGGCAAAUGGCGGCCCUUCGAAUUGACGAAGGCGAACCGGUGGAGGACGGAGUGCAGAAAUUCUUCGACUUGUUGACACGGCUUGAAGGAGCUGACCUGAACUACAGUGACCUUCAAAAGAAGACCAAGCUGCUGGCCUUGCUUCCGGACUCAUGGUCCUCGCUCAUCAUCAACCUAAAUCGAGAUCUGCCCCGCCUCUCGCUCGAAGAUGUGAAGCGGGAAAUCUUACAAGAAGAUUUCCGCCGUCGUGAAUUGGCGGGUACCGAUGGUGCCGGAGUUGCAAGCAUGGGCCAUGGGCACGGCCGUGGAAGGGGCAGAGGGCGAGGAGGAAGAUUUGGCAGCAGCAACUUCAAUGGAGGCCGUGGUAAUGGAGGAUAUGGCAGCAACAACAACAACAAUGGCUACGGGCGUGGGCGCGGUCGAUUUGAUGGCGAAUGCCACUUUUGCCACAAGACCGGCCACAUGUGGAGAGAUUGCUACAGAUUGCCUGAUGGAUGGACCCCUUCUCAAGGCCAAGAGGGCAGAGGAGCAAGGGGAGGAAGAGGCAGAGGUAGUGGAGGCCGUGGUGGUCGUGGAAGCGAAGCGGCAUGCAUGAAAGGUGGAGACUACGAGACGGGCCCGAGUGAAGAUCGAUACCCGGGCCAAUUCUUCUUUGUCUCCACGCAAGCGGCAGCUGCAGCAGGAGGUGUGGAAGACUUUGAGGAGCCAGCUACUGUGGGAAAGGUCACCUUUCACUCUCUGGACUUUUGGGUGAUCGAUAGCGGCGCCACCUAUAGCAUGACACCUCGUGCGGACUUGCUCACCGAACUCGAACCGUCGCCGGUCAAGCAUGUCACAUCGGCUUUGGGGCAGCGAGCAGAGGUGAAAGGCAUGGGCAAGGCCAUGUUCAAGGGUGCUGAUGGGAAGAUGGUGGGCCUCAAGAACGUGCUUUGGGUGCCCAACCUUGCAGCCAACCUGAUUUCUGUGCGGCGUUUGCAAAAGGCCGGCAUGGACACAUCUUCCAAGGGAUCCAAAACUUAUACCGCGCGGCUUGGUGAGCGGAAGCUUUGGGACCUUCAUGAGGACAGGGACAUCUACAAUGAAAUGUGGCAAAUCCCAGUGGUCCCCAUGCCUAAGGAGAGGCAAGUGGCAGCAAGCAUCAGCACCAAGAGUGAAGCGGUUGGUGGCGGUGAUCACGGAAAGCAAAGUGACACCAAGAGUGACUCGAACGACUGCAAUCUUGGAGAGACCAGCAAGGCAU